CAAGCUCACGAUGAAGCCGCUCACGGCGGAGGCCGAGCGCGAUCUGCGGAACCACGCGACAAGGACGAAGUUGUUGAGUCUGCAUAUGGUGCUGACUAUCCUGCAACAACACAUGCACGUCUUCAUCGUGCCCGACGCGGUCGUGUGGAGCGGGAGCGGGAGCAGACAUGCGCUGGUGAGCUUUAUCGAUAUGACGAGCCAGUACUUGUGUCCGACGCUCAGCCGGAACAUGACGAGCCCGGUGCCACAGGUGUUCGAGCUCAACAACGAGAUCUUCUGCCAGACGGUGCAGAGUCUGCGGACAAAACUCAGGCAAGAGAUCGGCGUGCCCUUCCACGAGAUCUUCCUACCCGCACUUGAGCUCCGCACGGCGACGUACGACAGAAAGUCAUCCUACUCGCCUGAUGAACAUCAUAACCAAACUCUCCGGCUCCGUCGGCGCCUCCUCCACAUCCGAUUCCAAAUUCAAAGACACCCAACCCCCCUCUCCGCUCCUCAAUCCUCGCCCACAUCCAAAUCGCAGCUCCCGCCCUCAUUGACCACCACCGCGCUCGGCCUGCCCGAGGUGCCCGGCAGCGGCGCGACGACAGAGGCGCAGCUGCGGCACCAGGCGCUCGAGACGCUCGUCGCUGUUCUCAUAUCGCUCGUCACGUGGGGCAUCACGGCGCCUAAAGAGCGCGAGAAGGCCGAGGCAGAGCGCGAGCGCGGCGGCGGCGCGCUUCGCGGCGAGCACGUCGACGGACAGACUCAACGGCACGUCCACACCCGACCGAGGACGACAUUGCACCUCUACACCCGAUCUCAACGCCAAUAUGGACGACGACCUGAGCCGGCUUUCCGACUGCCGGGCGAGGCGCAGAAGAUCGAUAGGUUUAUGCUGAAGUUUGCGGAGCGGUAUAUCGAGAGUGAUUCAAAAACGCCGUCUGCCAACGCCGAUGCCGCCCACGUCCUCUCGUACUCGGUAAUCCUCCUCAACACGGACGCGCACAACCCGCAGAUCAAAAAAACGCAUGACAAAAACGAGCUCAUCCGGAAUAACCGCGGGAUCAACGACAACGCCGACCUGCCCGUCGACAUGCUGAACAAGAUUUACGACGAGAUCAUGACGAACGAGAUCAGGAUGAAGGGCGAGCUCGAGGCGUCCAUCAUGAAGACCCCAGCGCGGCCGUGGCCGCCGCGCCCGGCGGGCUCACCGGCACCCUCGCGACCGUCGGCCGCGAACUGCAGCGCGAGACGUACACUUUCCAGUCAAGCUCCAUGGCGAACAAGACCGAGGCGCUGUCCAAAACUAUGGUCCGUGCCCAGUGCCGCGCGGGCUCGACGGUCGGCGGACGAGGUCUUUUACCCCGCGAGCCACUUCGUGCACGUUCGGCCCAUGGUCGAGGCCGUGUGGCUUAGCCUGCUCGUCGCGCUCUCCGGGCCCUUGCACGAGACGGACGCGCUGGACGUCGUCGAGCUCUGUUUGGAGGGGUUCAACGAUACCGAUCGUUACGACGCUCGCCAACUUCACGUUCUGAACAAUCUGGUCGAGAUAAAAGGCAAGAAUAUGGAGGCGACCAAGGCGCUGCUCGAUGUGGCCGUGAGCGAGGGGAAUAAUCUGAAGGGGUCAUGGCAUGAGGUGCCGAGCUGUGUGAGCUCGCUCGAGCAUAUGCAGCUUAUCACGAGCGGCGUCAAUAUGCCCGACGCGCGUGAAGGCGGCCUCACGAAGGCGCUGCCGAACGAGGCGCUCGCGCACGAAAGCCGCAGCACGCAUAUCACUAUUGCCGCGGAUAUGGCGUUGUGCGACGUGUCGUGGGAGGAGAACCAGAGCAGCGGGUUGAGCCAGCAUCCGCGGCUGUUUAGCUUGCAGAAGCUCGUCGAGAUGUCGUACUACAAUAUGGGGAGGAUUAGGUUGGAGUGGUCGAAUUUUUAUGCGCGCCAGGUCUGCUGCCACAGUAACCCGCACGUCGGCUUCUUCGCCCUCGACUCGCCCCGCCAGGUCGCGAUACGCUCCCUAGAGAAAGAAGAGCUCCCGCACUUCAAGUUCCAGAAGGACUUCCUCAAGCCGUUCGAGUUCACGAUGAACCACAACUCGAACCCGGAGAUCCGCGACAUGGUUCUGCAGUGCCUGCAGCAGAUGGCCCAGGCGCGCGUGCCGACCAAGCGCAUCACGGGCCCGGCGUUUGAGAUCGUCACAAGGUUGCACAAGGAGCACUUCACGGCCAUCGUGCGCUACCGCGCGUUCGCGGACCUGACGGUGUGCGUCACGGACUUUUGCAAGGUGGCGAAGUACCAGAAGAUCAGCCUGUUGGCGAUCGCGAUGCUGAGGGGCACGAUCCCGAUUCUGCUCGCGACGCCCGAGUGCGGGCUCGCGCCGACGGGCGGGACUGCGGCGGGUACGGGCGGGGACGACCUGAUGAUCCGCUUCUGGUACCCGGUGCUGUUCAGCUUCUACGACGUGAUCAUAAACGGGGAGGUUCUCCGGCUGGCGCUCGACAGCCUGUUCAGCACGCUCAAGCGCUACGGCGUGGUGUUCCCGGUCGAGUUCUGGGACACGGUCACGCAGGAGCUGCUGUUCCCGACCUUUGCGGUGUUGAAGAGCAGUCAGGACUUGAGCCGGUUUAGCACGCAGGAGGAUAUGAGCGUGUGGUUGAGCACGACGAUGAUACAGGCGUUGAGGGAUUUGAUCGAUCUUCAUACGUUCUAUUUUGAGAUCUUGGAGCGAUUCUUGGAUGGAUUGCUGGACCUAUUAUGCGUGUGCAUUUGUCAAGAGAACGACACGCUCGCGCGGAUAGGCACGUCAUGUCUGCAGCAACUGCUCGAAAGCAACGUGAAGAAGUUCAGUGCGGCACGAUGGGACCGCGUCGCGUCGACGUUUGUCAAGUUGUUCGAAACAACAACACCGCACCAACUUUUCGACGACAGCUUGCGCGUGGAUAUCAACAGCACAUCACCCGAACCUCAAGACUCAUCCCAGGGCAACGACUCGACCAUCCUCCCCGCACCGCUCUCGCCUUCACAAGAGGGCGCGCCGGCAACGGGCAAGCCGAGCCUCCACGAGCGACGACGCAUCUUCAAGCAUCUCAUCGUCAAAUGCGCCCUCCAGCUUCUGCUCAUCGAAAGGACGAACGAGCUCCUAUGGAACGAAGGCGUCUACUCGACGAUCCCGCUGCAGAACCUGCUGCAGUUCAUGCAGGUCCUCGACCAUUCGUACCAGUUCGCGCGGAUGUUCAACGGCGACAAGGACUUACGGACCAAGCUGUGGCGCGUGGGAUUCAUGAAACAUCUGCCGAACUUGCUCAAGCAGGAGUCGUCGUCCGCUGCUACGCUCGUGCAUGUUCUAUCGCGCAUGUACUUCGACCCACGAGCGGAAGAUCAGGCCGCACGACCGCAGGUCGCCGAGCGAUCACUCCCGCUCGGGCUGAGGGGCUUCGUGCGGUUCGACGACCGGGCGUAUAACCGGUACUUGCCGGCCAUCUACCCCGUCGCUGCGGAUCUGCUCGCAAGGGAUACGAGUCUGGAGGCCAAGGAGAGCUUGAGGGAUUACUUUAUGAGGGUCGGGUAUGCGCAGUGGAUCGUCGAGCGGCCGGCAUAG